AUGAAUACGAUGGUAGAUUAUAAAGAUCCCAUUAUUGAAUUAUUAAAUUCAGAAACAGAAAAUGGAAAAAUUAAUAAGGAAUCACCGGAUUUAGGAAUUAGUAAUGAUGAUAUUGAAUAUAUCAACAAACAAGGGUCAAGUUUAACACCUUUAUUAAAUAAUCACCAACCACUAUAUACUGCUACAUCUGCAACACCAAAUGGUUUUGAUCAUUUUAGUUUUGAUGAUGGUAAGAUUCAAGAAUUAGAUGAUACUCCACCACAAAAGAAGAGAAGAUUUAGUAUUGGUGAUCAAUAUAAUCAACAACAACAGCCACAAGUCAAAACAGAACCAUUAAUUGAACAGCCAACAGGUCAAACUCCUUUAUUUGUUGAUGAUCCAAUUAGUGAUGAAGAGAUUAAAAAAACUGAUCAACAGCAUCAAGAAUUAAUUCCUCAAGAAUUUCAUUUAAUUAACAAUAAUCAAAAUAAUCAUCAUACCAAUUUCGAUUCAUUACCUCCAUUACAACCAUUAAGUGAAUCAGUUAUACCAAAUGGAAUUAAUAUUACACCGUUAGUUUUACCAGAAUUUAAAAAUGAAUCGAAUAAUCAACAUCAACAAAAUCCACCAAAACGUAAAAAGGAAAGUACGGGUCCGAAAGCUCGUCCUGCAUUUGUUAUGAAAAUUUGGUCAAUGGUUAAUGAUCCUGCUAAUAAAGAAUAUAUUAGAUGGAAUGAAGAUGGUAAAACUUUUCAAGUAUUUCAUCGUGAAGAUUUUAUGAAAAUUAUAUUACCAAAAUAUUUUAAACAUAAUAAUUUUGCAAGUUUUGUCCGUCAGUUGAAUAUGUAUGGAUGGCAUAAAGUUCAAGAUAUUAGUAAUGGUACUUUAAACUCAAAUUGUGAUAAAAAUGGGGGUAAUGAUGAAAUUUGGCAAUUUGAAAAUCCAAAUUUUUCAAGAAAUAGAGAAGAUUUAUUAGAUAAAAUUGUUAGAAAUAAGAGUAAUUCAAAUCAAGAUGAAAUUGCAAUUAGUGAUAAUAUUAAUACCAAUAAUGCUAAUAUUAGUUUGAUAUUACAAGAAUUGGAAAAUAUUAAAAUGAAUCAAUAUACAAUUUCAGAAGAAUUGAGAAGAAUUAGACUGGAUAAUAAAACCUUAUGGCAUGAAAAUUAUUUGAAUAGAGAAAGAAAUGAAAUUCAAGGUAGAACUUUGGAAAAGAUAUUAAAAUUUUUAUCAGUUGUUUAUGGUAAUAAUGCAAACAAAAGUUUAGAUAUAAAUAAUAAUCAAUCAAGUAAUUCAAAUGGUUAUUCAAUGACACAAUAUAAAUCUCCAAUUAUAAAAAGAGCAAAAGCAACUCCACCAGAAGAUAAUAAAUAUUUUCCUGAAACAAAUAAUCACAAGGAAUUACAAAAAUAUAGACUCAUGCUAACAGAUUCUAAUCAAAAAAGACCAAGUAUAUCCAGAACGAAAUCAACACCGGGUUCAAUUGAAGAAAUAAUAAGGUCAUAUGAUCAAGAUAAACUGAAUGAAUCAAAUAAUGUAAAUAUAAUUUAUCAACAAUUAAUUAAUGAUUCAAUACCAGGUCCAAGAUUAUUGAAUCAAGAUCUAAGUAUCCCUAAUACUCCAAAAAAUUUUGAUGAAUUUGAACGAAAUAUACAAAGAACCGGUCACUCAUUACAACAAGUUCAAGAUUGGAUUGAAAGAUUAGAUCAAAAUGGAGAUAAUAAUAUUAAUACUCAAGAUGAUGAUUUUGAUGUUAAUGAAUUUCUACAAAAUACAACUCCAAAUGGUUCAACAUCAAAUAUCAAUUCUCCAGUUGUUAUAACACCAGGAUCAACAGAAAGUAAUGGAAAUGGAAAUGGAAAUGGUAGGAAAAGAUCAAUUAGAGAAAUCUAUGAGAAUAAAGAAGAAUCUGUAUAA